GCCGCUCUGAUCACACCUGUGCCAUGGGCACUGGCAGGCCAUGCACUUCACUCUGUGCUCAUGAUAGUAAUUGUGUCAUUCCAAUGUGGAAGCUUGCCAAGUUUUCUUUGUCCUUCCACCUUACUUUUGUUGAGUCACUUGUCUGACAAGCAUAGACAACAAGUUCUUUUCAUCUUAUCCUCAGUUACAAGAUUUUCUUCACAGAUAGGCUGUUUGUUGGCAACAGAAGGGCAUGGCGUGAAUGAUUUGCUUUUGAAAACAUUGAAAGAUUUGUUCAAAGCAGCCCACUUAUUUCUUCAUUUUCAGCCAGUCAAGCUUUCGGGAUGGCCGAUGACAAGCAAACACCUGUUGCUCAGCCUGCUGUCCCAUCGUCCUCAUCUCAGGGCCCUGAUUUCAUGCAGCAGAUGAUGAUGAUGCAGAUGAUGAACAACCAGCAGGCACAAAACGCUGCUAUGGUGGCCGCCGCUACUAAAUCAGAACCUGUCAUCAACAACGCCAACUUGGGUAACAGCAACAAUGCUUCCAGUGGUGGUGGUGGUGGUGGUGGUGGUGGAUACGGCGGCGGCGGCGGCGGCGGGAACACGACGGUGAUAGUCCAGACCCGACAGAAGUACUGCGGUGUCAAGAGCUGGAUAUGCUGCCUACUGUUUGGCUUUCCAUGCAUCUACCUUUGCCCCCUUGAUGAUUGAUCGUUGCGGUUACAAUACAACACCGUACACGCAUGCAUCUGUAAAUGCGAAUAAAUCGGUUGGUUUGC